AUACCUUGCGAUGCCUGCUCUUUUGCUGCAGCGGCAUACAAUUCUUGGAUAGGCCCCUUCUGCUCAUUUCGCUGCCUAUCACUCUCCCCAAUCUCUACACAUUCGUUAUUUGUGUGAUCAUUCACCGCAUUCGUUUGCUCGGAGUCUGAUCUGUACCGUUCUUUAUCUUCUAUAUUCAUAAUACACCCCGAAAGCAAUAAUCAAGAUGCAUUUCAAGACCUCCGUGGCCGCACUCGCUUCAAUCAGUGCUCUGGCAGCUGCUCAAGCACCCAGCAUCGACCAAUGGACCCAGCAAGAAAUUAACAAUGGCACUGCCUGGACAGAGGUUACCCAGAUCGCCUCGGAGAACCAAAUCUACAAUGUGGGCACUCGUGGCGACGUCUCGUGCCAAUAUGGCAAUGCGAAAGUGAGAAAGGAGUUCCGCCACAUGUCGAAUGCAGACCGUAAGGCCUUUACCGAUGCCGCUACCUGCCUGAUGAAGACACCUCCCCAGCACAUGCGUGCAGACCAGGCCAAAAACUACCCCGGAGUCAAGUCUCGUCACGACGAAUAUGUCGCUACCCACAUCAACAUGACCAUGAACAUCCACGCCACCGCAGACUUCCUUGCAUGGCACCGCAACUUCAUCUGGCACUACGAGUCAGACUUGAAGACUCUCUGUGGUUACGAAGGUACCCUCCCCUACUGGAACUGGGCCUUGGACGCCGCAGCCCCCCAAGACUCGCCCCUCUUCAACGGCGAUGAAUACAGCAUGGGUUCCAACGGCGAAUACAUCUCCGGCCGCAGCGACACCUACCUCUACACCCAAGGCAUAAACAUGCCCCCCGGCACCGGCGGCGGCUGCGUGAACUCCGGCCCCUUCAAAUCCGUCCAACUCCACCUCGGCCCUCUGGACCUCCCCAACGCAGAGAACGUAAAUUCGAACUAUCAGUACAACCCCCGCUGCCUCAAGCGCGACUUCAACUCCUUCUUCUCGAACAGCUACAACACAAUCUCCAACGUCACCGAGCUCGUGCUCGAAAGCAUCUACCUCGAAGACUUCCAAGACCGCAUGCAAGGCUACGCCUCCGGCGACCCCUUCGGCGUACACGGUGGCGGACAUUGGACAGUCGGCGGAGAUGCUUCCGACUUCCACUCCUCCCCCAACGACCCCCUGUUCUUCCUCCACCACGGUAUGAUCGACUACAUCUGGACCACAUGGCAAAACCUGGACAUCUACCGUCGUCAACUCAUCAUCAAGGGUACUUCCACUCUGGGCAACAGUCCCCCUAGUGCCGAGAUGACUUUGGACGAUAUGAUUCCUUUCGGUUUCGUCACCGGUGAUGUCGAGUUCCGUAAGCUUAUGGAUACUUUUGGUGAUGCUUAUUGUUAUCGUUAUGAGUAAGGAAGGGGCUUUUUCUAAAUCUCUCUGCUGUAGAGGCGAGGAAAUGCUUGUUUGUAUAUACUUCUUGCACGAAAGACUUUCUAGAUUUGUAUCGCUUUUUAAUGAUGAUUUUGAAAAUGGAAAGAGCGUCUGACGAAUCAUCUAUCGACC